AACUACGACAAAAGAUGUACAAUUUCUAGUUGUUUGGAGAGUUAUUGGGGGCAGAAGAGACAUCUCCCAUGACUUCUAUGUCAUUUGAAAUGUUUUCUGCGGGCGGGUAAGCUUUUAAUGAAGAGCAUUUCCCUCAGUUCUAAAUGGAUUUUUAGUGUUCAUCGGAACAUCGAUCGAUGAUUGACUAAAAUGUCCAUUAAACGACAAACGUGCUCUUUCAACCAGUGCGAUCUUAUUUUACGUGCAGAGGACACGGAGCCAGAGAGAUGCAAACUGUUUGUGCAGUGUGUAACGUGAUUUCUACUGACUGACUAUAAUUUACAAAAGUGCGUAUUGAUAUAGAAAACUGGCAAACUUAAUUAAGAGUUAUACAAAGGAAAGGAUAUGCUCGAUGGUUAGCAAUGGUGUGAUGGAUUAGGUUAAAAUGACGUGUAAUUAACAUAGAGAAUAAUGGAUAUAGAAUUACGUAGGUAUGCAGAAGAAGCAAUGAUGGAUUGUAUAAAAUGGCCUAAAUUGAAUCACUACAAUAGCCCCCUCCCUAGAAUGCAAGCGAGUGUGAAGCAUUCGAUACGUAGGGAGAAAAGCGAGAAAAAAAAUGCAAUGACAAGAACGAAUUAAGUUUAAGAGUUCGAAAUUAAAUGUUCAUUUUUGGUUGUGCGUGUUACUUGCCAGCUCUUGUGGUGUGAAUUGACAUCUUGCAGAAUGUGCGCGGAGAGUGGUGCUUGCGGUGCCGAAGUUUUUUUUUUUUUUUCUUGGCGUGGGUUGACCAGCCUGCGAUGGAUUGGAGGCGUGUGUGUGAGCAAAGAACGAAUGCCAUGUUGCUGCCUGCUGUAGCUGUGUGAGGCGUGUGAGACAAUGUCCGAUGCUGUUUGCUGCCUUGAUGCGAAUGGUGUAGCGUUACACUACGGUGAGUCGAGCGCUGCUGUGUUCGCUUGUUGCGAGUUGGCACUAAGGUGAUUCGAGUGCUGCUUGAUGAUGGUGCAUGUGCAUUGUGGUGCGUUGAAAACAGCGUCGUAGAAUGUGCGUGUCGAUGCAGCCGCGGUCACGUCGUGGUCACCAAUUUAGUGUUCAUCGGAACAUCGAUCGAUGAUUGACUAAAUUGUCCAUUAAACGACAAACGUGCUCUUUCAACCAGUGCGAUCUUAUUUUACGUGCAGAGGACACGGAGCCAGAGAGAUGCAAACUGUUUGUGCAGUGUGUAACGUGAUUUCUACUGACUGACUAUAAUUUACAAAAGUGCGUAUUGAUAUAGAAAACUGGCAAACUUAAUUAAGAGUUAUACAAAGGAAAGGAUAUGCUCGAUGGUUAGCAAUGGUGUGAUGGAUUAGGUUAAAAUGACGUGUAAUUAACAUAGAGAAUAAUGGAUAUAGAAUUACGUAGGUAUGCAGAAGAAGCAAUGAUGGAUUGUAUAAAAUGGCCUAAAUUGAAUCACUACAGAUUUCUAUUGACAACGGUCUAAUACAGCAGCCUAAAUAAUCUGUUGUUACUUCAAGUAAACUGAAGAAAAUCAUCUUCAUUGGAUGCAAAUUGACCUGCAGCCUACUUGAAUGAUGAGUGCUUUUGCAAGUAGAUUGAUUUCAUUAUUUUUCGUACAUCAUUUAUUAAAUGCUGGCAGUCAGCAGAAAAAACGUUGUUUUGUUUCAUUGCAUCCCUGGGUAUCCUUUCCUCGGCGACGUCUUCCCGCCUUUUAUUUCUAGAGCUUUUCCUCUUCCAAAAGACUGGCAAAUAUUUCAGUCUGCCUAGCAAUAAACAGGUAUAAAAAUUUCACAUUUGCGUUCAUUAAUGAUGGCCGAUGAAGGUACCCUGGACGAAGAGUCUCGAUCCAGGUAGGACCUCGCUUUGAGGUUGGCCUAAUCGACGUGGUAAACAUGGCCAGCGCAUUAAAAGUGUUUUUCAAAUCAAUUUAUACUCCAAAUACAGUGAUUAUUAACCCUAAUAGCAAAAAGGUUCAUGCACCAAAAUAUGAAGAUCUUUUGAUUUCGAUGAUGCUGUAAACCGUGCAUAAAAAAGGACGUGACAAUGUGACAAGGAAAAAUGGCGGGACAUGGAGAUACUCAGUCCUCUUGGAGGAGGUGGCAUAAUGACGAUGCAGAUUACAUUUUAUCAUGUGUGACGAAAGAAGAUUUGACAUCCUUGAAGAGGUUAUUCAAACAAAAACUCGGAAACCCUGGAAGUAUAUUUGAUCGUUUUGGAAGAAAUUCAUUGCAUAUUGCAGUUUCCUGUGGAAAGUAUGAUAUAGCAGAAUGGCUAAUAAAUGAGUGUGCUGUUGAUAUUCAAGCUAGAGACUUUGAGUCAGGAUGGAAUGCCCUUCAUAGAAGUCUGUAUUAUGGAAAUAUUCAAUGUGCAAUUCUCGUAUUAAAGAAAGGCUUGGAUUUCUCGAUUCAAGAUAAAGAUGGAGUUAGCCCUUUAAAGAUUGUACUUCUUGACUCCCAGAGAACAAAAGCGUUCAAAGAUGAUCAUUUGAAGUUGUGCAGAGUCAUAUUACCAUACCACGCAUCAGAACCAGGUGAGUUGUCACUGGAGAUCGACGAGCUGGUGGAUAUUAUAAAAGAGUACAAGUCAACAGGAUGGGGGUUUGGAAGAAAAACUGGAACGAAAGAGAAAGGAAAAUUCCCGUUGAAUUUUGUUGCCAUUCUUGGUGAAAAAUCAAGUGAAUUUUCUGAUGAUGCAUUCACAGAUAAAGGUCAUAAGUCUGACGUGUAUUCGUGGGGAAACAACUCGAACCUCACUCUGGGUCUGGGAGAUACAAGAAACCGAGACGUUCCUGAGCUUGUUAAAGGUCUACACAGCCAAAGAUAUAGUGUUAAAGAGGUUGCUGUCAGCAAGUACCACACAAUUUUUCUAACCGAAGAUGGCACUGUUCUUUCUUGUGGACAGGGGCGUGGUGGCCGCCUUGGACAUGGCAAUGAGCAAACCGUUCUUUCUCCCCAGAAGAUUGCAGGGCUCAACGGAAUGUUUUGUACGGCUGUGUCGAAUGCAAAUGACCAUUCUCUUGUACUUGAUCAAAUGGGACAGGUUUACAGCUUUGGGCUAAACGCAUAUCACCAACUCGGUCAUUAUCCGGUCUCGCAGCAAUAUUUGACGCCCAAACAGAUAAGCAACAAAAUUCUGAAAGGAAAGAUCAUGACUGGAGUAGCCGCUGCAAGAUUUCAUAGUGCAAUUCAUACGAAAGACGAAUUAUUCACAUUUGGGUUGAAUGCUGGACAGUUAGGGCACCUCAAGGGCGAUGAAUGGCAGUCGACCCCUCGACUUGUCACUCGACUUUGCAAAAAAGACUACCAGAUUGAACUGGUCACAGUCUCAGAUGGGGCGACCUGCUGCCUUUUAAGCAAUGGCGAUGUCUUUGUGCUGCAGGAUUACGAAUGUCGUCGCAUCGCUACUCGGAUGGCAAAUAUCAAGCGGCUUGUUAUGGUGGGCGGUGAAUUAAAGUCAAAAGCCCUAGCCGAUUUGCAGCAUAACCAGCCUGAUAGUCUCUGCGUGGCAGCACUUACCACUCACGGCAUUGUCUCCUGCUGGAGACCAGGGUAUACGAACUUCAAAGAGUGUUGGUGGGCUGGUAAGAAAAGAGACGAGUGGCAGAUCGUUGAUGUUUGUUUAGGAAAGCAUCUAGUCAUUGCAACUGACUCGGGAAUUGUAUUUCAUGGUCACUUUCGCAAUAUCUCAAAUAAUUUAACUGCAAAACUGAGCCCUGAAGGAGGGAAGAGUGGCUUAAGUAAAAGCCCAAUGAAAUGUUCCUUGAGCAUACAAGAACUAGUUGAGAAAGUGAAGAGAAGAAGCGAAGACAAUGAAGAAGUUAUGAUAGAAAGAGUGCCUCUUCUGUAUAGGGCCUACCGUGUAGCGUGUGAUGUGAAGAGUCGAACGUUUGCUGUCAUUCAAAAUGAUCCAGGAAUUGGCCUUAACUCAGUCGUGAGUUUACGUUCUGGAACAUUAGAAGACGAUCUAGAGAGAAUGUUAGGCGAGGCAGAGUUGUUUGACAAUAUACACGAUGUUGUGAUCAAGGCAAGUGACGGCAUGCUACCUGCACACAGAUUCAUAAUUGCCUCAAAAAUCAAAGAAAGUGACUUCGAAUCUCGCUUAAAUUUUGAUGGCAAUAUUGGCAAGUAUGUGCUGGAUUUAACGAAAAUUGAUAUGGAAACCGUGAAAUCCUGGCUGAUUGAUGUCUAUAGGAAUACGAAAUCUACCGUGCUUGAACCUGAUGAUUAUGGAAAGAUUCUGCAAAAGGCAAGAGAUAUGCCUGGUGACAAGAAAGAUAGUUCAAUCAAUGGCUGUUUUUAUGAUCAAGCUGAUAAAAUGGUUGUUCAAUCCAUGCAAAGAUUCUGUCUGCAAGACCUGGAAAACCCGGAUUUCGAAGGAUCACGCAUUGUUUGUGGUGAAAACGGUGAACUUGUUCAGGAGCUGCCUGCUCCAAGAAAACAGAAGAAGAAAAAGGGUAAAGAAAAUAAGCACGAAGAAAAGGAUAAGCGUAGCAAAGCUGUCGGCCAAAUCAAUCGAGGGUUUGCUAAUUGGCAGCAAAUGGGCAGCAUUUCCGAUAUAAAGAUAGAGGCUGAAAAUGGCUCAAUCUUCCAUUGUCAUAAAUGCAUCUUAGUUUCAAGACUAGAUUACUUUCAAGGCAUGCUGGGAAACCCGUGGAUGGAGUCGAACUGGGCUCACAGUACUAUUAAGAUGCCAAUACCGGAGAAUAUUUUAAAAAUUAUCUUAGACUUCGUAUAUAUUGGCGAAGCGAAUAACCUUAAAGACUGCACAAACAUUGAUUUGCUUUGCCAAAUAAUUGUCUACGCCGAUCAGCUACUUGCUGUCCGAUUAAAGGAGAUAUGCGAAUUUUCCCUUGCCAAACAAAUUUCGCUAAAGAACUGUAUAGAAAUACUGGAAUUUGCCUCUACAUACAACGCAAAACAACUGCAGACAGUUUGCUGUGAAUUUAUAUGCAAUAACUUGACCUAUUUUUUGGAAACAAGGAAUCUGGAUACAUUGCCGGUGGAUGCGCUAUCAGAUUUGUCUAAUGUUUACAAAUCACUGAUUCCCAACAUGGCCUACCGAAGAAUAACGCCCUUGAUGGAUCAUGUUGAAGUAGACUUAGUAGACGAAGCUGCAGCCGCUUUUCCAGUGGAAACUGAUGCGUUCCAUGAAGACAGUAAGCACGACGUGGUUUCACCAAGAGACAAAGCCGAUUCCGCGAAAAAAAGGCGAAGAAGACGUAAGUCGAGCUCCACGAAAGAAGACCGGUCUUCUGAGGUAACAGUUCAUAACGAAGGCAGUACUGUUCCCAUCAAUUCAGAAAAGACGGUGAAUGUUUCCAAGGAUUUGCCAGUUUCGAGUAUCAAAGACAAGUAUGCAAAUGGAACGGUGGGGUCCGACAAAACGCAUGACGUUACACAACGCAUUCUUGAGGAUCAACAAGCUGAAAAUUUAAAGCCUGCCCAGAUUGCAAAGUCACCUACACGUGGAAUGCUAUCUUUAAAAGAAAUAAUGGAAGAGGAAGAGAAGAAUUCACUAAACAAACUUAAUCAACGUGCUUUGAAACAGACAUCUAAACUGGAAAGAAGCCCUGUGGAAGCCAGUAUCAGUCUGCCAAUCAAAUGGGAAAUGUCUAAGAAGAAAUCCCAGAGGCAGAGGAAAGAGGCCACCAAAGUCAACGGCAAUUUAAACCCUACCGCAGAUAACACUCCAAUAAUGGAGGAAGCAACCCAAACGAAAGAUCCUAUUUGUCCAUGGGGGAAACCUGAGCAGUCCCAAGUUAGAAGCUUCAAAGAUGUUAUGAGCGAGGAGUCAAAAAUGGAAUUAACUCGAAAGAGUUUGCAAAGUGGUGGAGAGAGGAAACCCGUCGAAGAAGUCAGGCGAAAACUAAGUUGGAAGAAAGGCAGUGACGAAAACCAUGAAUUUGGAAAACGCCCUUCAACAGAGAGUGCCUGGAACAUGACGUCAUUAGCCACCAGUCCUCCUUCCUCUGCUAUGAGUUUGUCAGCAAUUAUGAAGUCUCAAAUUGUCGAAAGAGAUUCAUCCACCAGAAUGCUAAAGAAGCCACUGCAGCUUAUUCAGAUCGAAGAGAAAGCAAUUGAAGAACUGUUGGUACAUUAUAAGGCCAAGGACAACCCAUUAGAAUAUAUCACGGUUCGGAGAAACCGAGAUACAGUGUCAUGCCCUGUAUGGAAGAAAGAAGAGCAGAGUUGAUGAGGACGGUUGUUUUUGCAAUUUGAGGUUGCAUGCACAAUCGAGGCUGGCGGAAGACAAAUAGACAUUUUGCCCACCCUGCAGGACGCCUUGUAAUUAUCAGAUUUGGUACUUAAAGUAGCCAAAAUAUUAACAUUUUGAUUUGUGAUAUGCCAGCAUCUAUCAAAACUACGCCCAUUCCAAUUCAACACUUCAUAUUUCCUAAAUUUGCCAGAAGAUGAACAGAAAAUUUAAGCUUAUCAGUGCUUUUUAUAUUCAGUUCUGCCGUUUCUGAUUUGCUUCGGUAGUGCAGGGGGAGCAUAUCGGCCUUUCUUUAUUCGAAACAUCGGCUAGGCCCAUCUCUUGAUUAUUGUCUGUAAACCGUUAAAAGGGACUGCAAUGCAGUUUGAUAUACAUUCCUAUGGUCAAAUAGUUGUUGCAUGUUAAGCUGCAUGUGUUAACUCUGCUUUGUGUUAACUUUGCUUUAGUUUUUGCGCUGUUCUAAACCUGCAGAAGUUUUUCAUUUCUAGCCUGUUGAUAUGAGCAAAUUUACCCAACCCAUCGAAUGUUUACAUGCAGAUUCUAUCCCACCUUCCUGCUGUAUAUUGAGAGAAUCACCCGACCUACCAGUCUAUGUGCUGACAAGUGGGACGAAAUUAUGAUGGCGUGUAUAUGAAAAAUUCAUCCCACCUUCCAGCUUCAUUCCACCUUCCAGCCUUUAUAUGGAAGAAAUUCAUCCCACUCAAGUGUGAACCCACCUCCCACAUAGUUGGAUCUCACCUAACCGGGCUGACUCGUUUGCCAUAUAAGUGCAAGACUAAAAAUACAAAGGAUUCUAUAGGAGGGUUCACAGGCUGAAAGGUGGGAUGAUUUUCUCCAUAUCAACAGGCUCUUGAGCCAAGAGAACAUUAGGCACAAGGAUGGCUCAGUGGUUAGGGUCGCGGACUACAGAUCCAAGGGUCUGGGUUCUAGCUCCUGACAUUAACAAACUUUCGCCCAGCCCAGAGUGAGGGGAGUCCCCAGCCCACUGCAAUUUCAUGUGACACUGCUCGAUAAACAUAGCCUCCCGGUGUCCGAAAACGACCUUCGGGAGGCAGGUAGUAACAAAGUAAUUGUUUUCUAUUGAAAAGUAGGAGCAAAAUGUUCUUUGAAUCGUACCUUAAUUGUUCGAAUUGACUGUGUUCUCAAUUUCAAUUGAUUUUAGCUUUUUUAAAGCUUUAUAAGAUAAUAUUUCACAAAUUGU